AUGGGAGGUGUCAAAGUGUUCACCGCCGUCUCUUCGAAGCUCCCGUUCGCGUGGAUGGACUUCACCACCGCUUUUGCCAUGCUGGCGAGCCUCAUGUGCUUCGCCUCCUCCAUCAUCUACCCCACCUUCUUCACCUGCAAGGACUGCCACCGUCAGAUCGGAGCGUCCGUGGUGUCCUGGGUGUGUUUCGCCGCGUAUGCAGGAGAAGUGGUCUUGACCCGCCUCCGUCCGAGCGGGGAGCACAUAGGUUUCCUCGCCACGGUGCCGGGCAUCAUGAAGAUGUUGGAGACGUUCCUCGUCUGUCUCAUCUUCACGUCGCUGGAGACGAAUCAGUACUCGAACGACCACGCCCUGCAGUGGUGCGUCGCCGUGUUCUCCCUGUGCUUCAUCUUUAACAUCGUGGUCAUCCUGCUCACCAUCGGGCCGUUCACCUCUUACUUUCCGAUCUCCUUUGACAAAGUGGUUAUCGUUUAUAAUAUUCUAGCAGCAGUGAUGUACGCGACGGCGAUGGUCAUCUGGCCACUGUACAGUUUCAAAACAAAGCGACCCGUUAACUGUGGACACCUCUGUCCCUGGGACAAACUGGUGAUGGUCACCUUCAUGACCAUCUUCAACUUUAUCGUUUACACACUGGACUCUGCCUACUCCAUACGCCUCGUGUUCUUUGUCAGCCACCAGUGACACUGCUGCUUCAUGAAACAAGAACUGGAAACAAAAAUGAGUCCUGGGUUUGACUUUGUGGAUCUGAAGUUUGAGGGUUUUUAUAAUUUUUAACAAAAGGUUAUGAGUUCCCCUCGAGUUGAUUUGUGUUGUGUGG